UCCUCAUACUCAUAGCAUCAAUACUUCUGCGUGGGGUAUUUAGUUAUGAUAUAAACAAUACAAAUUUUAAACAAUGCACUUUGCAGGAGUAUAUCGAUUCCGCAUGCAUUUGAUUUGCAAUUAGAUAAUGAUAACAAAUGAUUAAAAUCCACUUCAUGUGAGCCACAAUGAGCGUGGACAAGCUAGCUCUACGUAUCCUAGUUGCAAACGUUCUGAUAGUGGCAAACGCAAAAUUAUAAAGUUGGUGGCACUUGGCAGUGGCAGACGGUGAAACAUUUCACAACUCGGCAAUAUCGAUAUGAAUUCAUCGACGAAACGCAAAAUAUUUUUUACGAAUAUAUUAGGAUGUUUCAUGCUAUUGGUAUUUAAUCAAUUGGAUUUUACCAGACGUGCUACAAAGUUCCAGGUAUUGUCAAGUUACGUAACCGACUUACGUGCUCAGAACGGGACAAAAUACAUAUUAAUCUGGACGAACCCUGAUAAGGAACCAAUUAAAUUAUGGGGUCCAGGACAAGAACAGUUUAUUAAACGUAAGUGUAAAGUUAACAGUUGCUACGUUACCCCAAAUAGGACUCUCCUACAGAGCGUGUCACAAUUCGAUGCAAUUGCGUUUCAUGGCCCUGAUAUAAAAGGUAAAUACUUGUCGGUCCCAAAAGUACGGAGUAUGCAUCAAAAAUACGUAUUCGUCAGUAUGGAGUCAUCACAUUACUACCCGAUUUGUGACAAGAAUUUCGAUGGAUUUUUUAAUUGGACUUGGACGUACAGGUUGGAUUCUGAUGAAUCUUACGGGUACAUAACCAUCAGGAACAUUACGGGUGAUAUCAUUGGCCCUAAUAAAAUAAUGAACUGGGUUGAACUAGAUUCCAUGAAGCCUAUUGAUAAAAAAACAAAAGCUAUGUUGGAUAAGAAAAAUAAGACCGCUGCCUGGUUUGUUUCAAACUGCAAUAGUUUGAGUAAAAGAGAAAAGUAUGUCGAAAAGCUGCAAAAUGAAUUAAAAAAAUACGGUUUGGGAGUAGACGUAUUCGGUGCUUGUCGUGGGGCAUCGCACACAUGCCCAAGAACCAUAGAGCAUGAGUGCUUCAAGAUGGUUCAAGAGGAGUACUAUUUUUAUCUUUCUCUUGAGAAUUCGUUUAGCGAAGAUUACGUAACUGAGAAAUUGCUGACAGCGCUUCAGAAUUACGCGGUGCCGGUUGUAUUCGGAGGAGCUAACUACACGCGAUUUAUGCCAGAUGGAAUUUACUUGCACGGGGGUGAAAUAAUGCCUUCCGACUUGGCGAAAGAAAUGAAUGACAUCAUAAAAGACAAAGACAGGUACUACAAUUUCUUCAAGUGGCGUAAUCAUUAUUCAUACCACCCAAGAGAAGAGGCGCCAGAUUCCGACGGCCUGUGCAGAAUAUGCGAGAUGCUUCACGAUGAAACUCUUGUGACGAAGGAAACUGUGCACAAGGAUAUCAGAAACUGGUGGAACGGCCCAGAAGCAUGCUCUCCUCCAGCGUUUCACGGAGCUGUAUAUAUGAUAUAUCUUGCGCAACAUUCGGAAAUCAUUUUCUAAUAAUAAACGUUGACAGCUUGUAAA